GGGUCGCGGGUGGGGCUCCGCCUGCCCCCGCCCCAGCUGUAGCCCCGCAGCGCGACCAUGAUCUGCGCGUGGGCCGAGGAGGGCGCCGACGCGCUGGAGCCGGACGGGACCCUGGUGCACGUCGACGCGUUCCCACCGGAGCGGCUGGUGGACACGUUGGGGGCCGGAGACACCUUCAACGCCGCCGUCAUCUUCGCGCUGUCAGGAGGGCAGAGCCUGCGGGACGCUCUUACCUUCGGCUGCCGCAUCGCGGGGAAGAAGUGCGGGAUCCACGGCUACGACGGCAUCGUCUGAGCUGCGCGGUGCCCCCCGCCCCGCGCCCAAUAAAACUCGCCGACCCCCGCCAUCGCCUCCUCCCAGA